AACGACCGAACUGAUUGUCUCUACUAUUGUUCUUACUGUUGUUUAUACUACCAAGUGCCUCCAGCCGUGUCAGUUUGGUCCUAUUCGGUAUAUGACGCCGCCUAGAAGAAAAUCAGCCGAGAAUAUGCCGCAUUAAACAGAGCAAUACAACCGUAUCAUGCAACUUAAAGCAGGGCGGGUUGCGGAUUUUAGGUGGCGCGAUAAAAAUAGGUACGUAAAAAAUUUUAAUUUCUGUUGGGUUCCUCAAUAUGAGUCCAUAACGAAGAAACAAAUGAUCGUUCCCGAUUGGUCGUUGCAGUCUUUGCUCAUACUGAACCAAGGUUGCAUAUUGUGGGGUGGUUUUUUUUCGGUGUAGGUUUGUUUACGUUCGUCUCGUUCUAGCCGUUUACUAUAAGAUAUCCGAUCAUAUCGUUUGGUCUUGCAAAAAAAACCCAUAUAAAUAGCUUGGUUUGUAAGUAGAUUUUCUGGCUCUUUUUACAUUUUCAGUUCUAAAAUAAAACCUUCUUCUUUAUUGGUAAAUAUAUUUAAAGAUGUCUGACACUGAAAAUAGAUCUAGCGUUGAGGAUGUCAAGCGUGUUUCUUCUGACUCAUUGCAAAACCACAGUAGCGACCCUCACUGGCCAAUACAACCUGCUGUUCAUCAAUUCGCCGAUGCUGGUGCUCUUGGAUUAUGUGGUUUCUGUAUGACUGCCUUUGUCACCGGAUGCUACUUUGCCGGAACUAAAUCUAUCGCCAUUCCAAAUGUGCUUGUUAGUUUAGCCACUUUCUAUGGUGGUACCAUUGAAGUUCUUUGUGGUAUUUGGGAAUUAGCCAAGGGAAACACUUACAACGGUACUUUACACACAAGUCUUGGUUCGCUUUGGUUAUCCCUUGCUUCUAUCUACAUCCCAUCCUUUGGUAUUAUUGAGGCUUAUGCUGAAGCACCAGAACAAUUAACCAAUGCUCUUGGAUUCUAUUUCCUUGGCUGGUGUGUUUUUGCCGUGGUGAUCUUCUUGGCAUCAUUGAAGUCUACUUACCCAGUGAUUGCUACAUUAGUUGUCUUAUUAACUGCUUUAUUGUGUUUGAGUGGUGGGUUCUUGUCGGGAAGUGCUAAUGCUCUCAAGGCUGGUGGUAUUCUCUUGAUUGUCACUUCAUUCUUUGGUUGGUACAUUGUUUUCGGAUUCAUUGCCACCAAGCAAAACAGUUAUAUCAGAACAUGGACUCUUCCAGUUCACAUCUUUGGAAAGAAAAAUUAAUUGCUGUAUUAUAAUCGCCAGGGACUCGGGACCAAUAAUUUCUUUUUUAUAUUUAUUUGUGUAGGUUGUUUUUGCAACCAAAAUCUUGUUUUAUAAUUUUUUACUACUACUAUUACUAAUUUUACUUUUGGGGGACUUUUACUACUACUAUUAUUACUUUUAAUCCAUUACUAUUAAUUUGAAUAUAUAUAUAUAUGCCUUAAUUGAUAGUACUU